GCGGGUGUAAUUGAAAAACUUCCAAAGAGCGUUUCAGUUUUGUACAUUGGUAAAAUGUAUAUAUUCCUUGUCAUUAGCAUAAUCAUCACUUGGAUCCCACGACAUAUUUAUUAGAGGAGUUCUCUCGUGAAUAACUUGAGUAAACCGAAAUAGACCUCCUGGGGCUAUAUCCAGGUCAUUGACUGAAUGGGAUGUAUUAUUAUCGAAUUUCUGUAGUGAUUCUCGAAUUUCUGUUUUGAAUUGAUCUCAGCGCGGGAAGUGUUUGUGGUGCAUAGUGUGUUUCUCGUGUUCACUUAUUGGAAUAAAAUCUUGGGGAUUUGUGUCGAAAUUAUACCUUUAGAAGUGUUACGGAUCUGUGUUUCCCAUUUUAGGAUUAUGUUCUCACGUAGAUCGGAAGAUUAAUACGAUUCUCGCACAACGGAAAUUAUGAGCACAAACACUGCCUAGUUAACGAAAAAAAACCUGUGUUAUGUUGCUGCGACUAGGCAGAGGAGGCUUGCGACGAGCAGGUAUUUAUGGCCUCGGCCUGCUCUGCAUUGGCGCAAUUUUAAUCAAAAUCACCAUUAUGUGUUUCACGGACAGUUUUGAAAGUACGCUCGACUCUAUGUUCACCGCGGAAAAGUAUGUUGUUGGUUCGGACAAAAAAAUGUACGAAUAUAAUAGACAGAUGCCUUUAAUUUUUAUCGGUGGUGUUCCAAGAUCUGGUACAACGUUGAUGAGAGCUAUGUUGGACGCACAUCCUGAAGUUAGGUGUGGUCAGGAAACUCGAGUAAUACCUAGGAUUCUUCAAAUGCGCUUUCAUUGGAUGAAGUCAAGUAAGGAAUCCAGACGGUUAGAUGAGGCGGGCAUCACCAAGAAUGUUCUAGAUUCUGCCAUAGCUGCCUUCACUUUAGAAAUAAUAGCAAAACAUGGUGAACCAGCUGCCAGACUUUGUAACAAAGAUCCAUUAACUCUAAAAAUGGGCACUUAUGUACUAGAAUUAUUCCCCAAUGCCAAAUUUAUAUUUAUGGUACGUGAUGGUAGAGCCACUGCCCAUUCAAUCAUAUCGAGAAAGGUCACUAUCACAGGAUUUGAUCUCACGAGCUACAGACAAUGCUUGAAAAAAUGGAAUACUGUUGUUGAAGCAAUGAAUAAGCAGUGUAACGAACUAGGUAGUUCGAAGUGUUUAAGGGUUCCAUACGAACAACUCGUACUUCAUCCUAGGAAGUGGAUGGAAAAAGUACUCGGUUUUCUCCAGAUUCCCUGGAAUGAGUCGGUAUUACACCAUCAAGAUUUCAUCAAUAACGGAAUCACCUUGAGCAAAGUGGAGAGAUCAUCGGACCAAGUGAUAAAACCCGUAAAUCUCGAAGCAUUAACAAAAUGGGUUGGCAACAUACCCGAUGACGUAGUGCACGAUAUGGCCGAGAUAGCACCAAUGUUGUCUGUACUUGGCUACGAUCCCUAUGCUAAUCCUCCGGAAUAUGGCAAGCCGGAUGCUGAAAUAGCUAGCAAUACGCGAAAUAUUGAGAGAAACAAAAACCUCUGGGAACAGAAGGCCAAGGAGAUGCUUUUGGAGGCGGUGGGAGACACUGCGUUAGAUAGAGAACCGAGCGAUCCCCCCAACAACAAUACGUGAUAGCUGUUUUACACCGUUAUUUGUUUGCAGUUCAAGUGUAUAUGGAGAGUUGACAAUUAUUAUUAAAUGUAUACUGUGCGCGUAUUGAAGCAAAAACUGAAAGAGUUAUGAACGAUUAAAAUCAUUGGAGAAAGUAUUGAUGUUCAAAUAAUAAAACCCUGUUAUCAUUCUUUUAUUUAUUGUGUACAAAUGAUUUUAUAAAUGAAUUAUUCAAGAAGUAUAUCGCGAGAUUGAUUUUUCAUUAAUUUACCAUGUCCCGAAGUCAAUAUUGGUAUAAAAUACGGGUCGAUUCAUUUUAUUUCAUUUUCAUUGUGUCACGAAAUAUCUUUUUUUUUUAUUUUUAUUGUAUGCAGAUGACUAUAAAUGAAGUAAGCAAAAAGUAUAUUAGCAAAACUCAUUACUCACUAGUUUAUCCCCCUCCUAAAGUCAUCCCAAAAUGUAUCGAAUUCAAAAUACAUGCCAUAUUAUUUCAAUUCAUUUUGCAAUAUGAAAUAUUCUGCUCGAAAUACUUUCAAUUCUGAAACCAGUAUUAUUCAGUUGUCAUUAUUUACAUUUGUGUUCAAUAAAUCAGUCAAAAACCA